GAGUGGUGAAAAAACACCGGAAAUACGUUCAGAUUCACUGCACGUGUGUUUUCUCCUGCAACACAAAAUCGCACUGAAGUUAAUCUCUCAAUAAUAACUUUAACAUAUUUUAGCGAAAAAUGACAAAGGUAAAGAAGGAGAAAACCGGUGAAGAGGAGACUGGGGGAACAGAAAAAUCCUAUCAAGAAUUAUUAGCUAAUAUAAACCCAAUCGCAAACCCGCUUGCAUCGCGUAAACUAAGUAAAAAACUCUACAAAUGCGUCAAGAAAGCUGCUAAAGCCAAACAGAUCCGACGAGGAGUAAAAGAGGUUCAGAAGUUUAUCAACAAAGGGGAGACUGGUAUUGUGGUAUUUGCUGGAGACACUCUUCCCAUCGAGGUGUAUUGCCACUUACCAAUCAUGUGUGAAGACAGAAACAUGCCUUAUGCUUAUGUUCCAUCUAAAGUUGAUUUGGGCUCCUCAGCAGGAUCCAAACGUCCCACCUGUGUUAUCAUGAUCAAACCGCAUGAUGAAUAUAAAGAAGCCUAUGAUGAGUGUCUGGAGGAAGUCACAUCUCUGCCUAAACCAAUCUGAGGACACUGGACUUGAUGCAUUCAAUCAUUCUAUUAAACAUGAAAAUAAAAUGUCAAGUUAGGAUGGUUUUGGGGGACUUUGCAUGGUGUCAGUGUUCACCAGUGCAUGUAAUGUCAUUUAAAGACUCAGCCCCAUUCUGGAUAGUUGUUAUAUUUGUGGACUUCUUCAUUUGUAGAAAGGAGAGCAAAUGUAUGAUCACCGAUAAUAUUAUGUUGUUUAAAGGAAACUUCGGUUUAUGUCACCAAUUUUAUUCUAUUUUGAUUUUUGUAAUGAUUUCUGUAUUGACUGGUUUUCAGUUUUUCAUAACUAACUUGAUUUUUUGAUUUUGGCGCAGUGGACCUCUGAGAGCUCCAAGAGAUGUUGAAAUAAACCUUUUUUUUUUGUA